AUGGGUCAAGCUUCGUCCGCGCCGGCGUUUUCCUCCCCUUCAAUUGGUCUCACUCCGUCCGUUGACGUGCCUGCGCACCCGCUGCUCAAUGUCGAGCUUCAGAUCGUGUCCGCCCACAACCUCGAGGCGGCCGACCACUUCAAGCUGAAGGCCGCACUGAAGGGCCACUUCGCUUCAAGUGACCCCUUCGCAGCCAUUCAAUUGGGGGAAGAGCCACCCGUGGCGUGGACCCAUCCCGUCCUCUCGACGCGCCAUCCCCAGUGGAACGAGACGUUCUACUUCACCAACGUCCAGCCAGACGAACUGUGCACCCUCUACUUGAUGGACAAGGGCGUCUUCAAGGACGAGUCCAUCGGCCAAGCGCAGUUCAAAACUCAAGACACGGGGGACGAAGAGACGGUGUACAAGCUGCCGAUCCUGAACGAGGACGACAAGGCCGGGACGAUUACGGUCAAAGUCAAGUCGCACGUGAUCGAUGCGAUCGGCAACGGGGACUUGCUGCAAUACGGACCCGUGCACUAUUCGGUGCACCCGAGUCGCGUCACGGGCAUCCUGACGAACACGGUCACGGACGAAGACAAGCGCCAGUCGUUCGCUUACCACGUGCAAUUGCACGACAUUUCACAGCACUUGCCGACGGACAUUUCCUGGAAUCAAGAGUACAAGAAGGUGCGCCACGUGUUCUCGCCGGACCAUCCGGAAGCCACGGUCUUGCGGCCAAUGGUCGCGACCGAGCACGAUCUGGUCUUCAAGCACGACGCUGAUACCGUCUACGGAGAGUUCGAGACAGCGGCGGACUUUUUCCAGCUCGUGAAUGGCGGCAAACGGCAGGGCAAGAUGGUGCUCUUCACGUACGUGAUCGUGGAGACGGGCUUCUUCUUCUGCGAGACGGGCGCGCCGUUCUUCAAGGACAUGUUGUCCAAGCACAUGCUGCUUGCCCGGACGCAGUUCCACGUCAGGUACGCGGGGGAGUUCUUCAUUACGGAGAGCGACCGCUCGGGUGGGUACACGCUGCACAUUGACAACAACAGCGGCACGUACGCCCCGCCGGAGGACUUGCUGCCUCAAGUCAAGGACCUGUUGAAGAGCAAUUUCCACAAAAUGUCGGUGAAAGCCGUGGGUCGCGAGGACGCAGAGCAGGUGAAGACGCGGAAGAAGAUCCACGAGGUCUGGGACGAUUAG